CUUCGCUCCAAUAUCCGAGAAAUGGAGAAGCUUUGUUUGAAAGUCCGAAAGGAUGACCUAGUGCUCCUGAAAAGAAUGAUAGAUCCUGUUAAAGAAGAAGCAUCAGCAGCAACAGCAGAGUUUCUCCAGCUCCACUUGGAAUCUGUCGAAGAACUUAAGAAACAGUUUAAUGAUGAAGCAACUCUAUUACAGCCUUCGUUAACCAGAUCCAUGACUGUUGGUGGAACAUUUCACAAUUCUGAAACUGAAGAGAGUUCCCAGAGUUUGACUCAGAUAUAUGCUUUGCCUGAAAUCCCUCCAGAUCAAAAUGCUGCAGAAUCAUGGGAAACUCUGGAAGCGGACUUAAUUGAACUUAGCCAACUGGUCACGGACUUCUCUCUUCUAGUGAAUUCCCAGCAGGAGAAGAUUGACAGCAUCGCCGACCAUGUCAACAGUGCUGCUGUGAAUGUUGAAGAGGGAACCAAAAACUUGGGGAAGGCUGCAAAAUACAAGCUGGCAGCCCUGCCUGUGGCAGAUUAUUGUAAGAGCAGAGACUUAGCCAUUUGGGCAUGACCCAUGAUACGAAAUGCACACAAACUCAGCAUCAGCACCAUGCAGUAUGAGCUUCUCUCAUGAGCCACACACUCUGAUGAUUUUAUUGUUUGAAGACAUUCUGUUGUUCAUUGCCACCUACUAAAUUGAUUUUUGUAUUCUGCAAAUGGGUUGUGGCCUUUAAUUUGAAAAGAAAAACACUGAUAGAGGAAUGGAUGUUUAUGGAAUGCAGUUGGCCAGCCACUGAGCUGGGCAGUUUCUAGGGGGACAGUAAGUUGUGGGGAAUUAUCCAAUGGCAAAAAAGUUGGUACUGGGCUGAAAGGAGAUGUUAAACUACAAGAAAACACCCAGUUCUGCUUUGACACAAAAUUGAGGUGGGUCAUCCGUCUUUGGAAUCCCAUGCACUGUUCAUUUCCUCUCUCCCUAAACUUGUGAUUAACUUCCAAGUGUCCAGCAGCGUGAAAGUUACUUGGUGGUACCGGGGCUUGAACUCAGUGCUGAGGCAAGCAUUGCUACUUGAGUCCCGCCUUUAGCCUUUACUACUAUUAUUUUUCAGAUAAUCUCACUAAUUUUUUUGCCCAGACUGGAUUUGAACACGAUCCUCCUAUCUCUGCCUUCUAAGUAGCUGGGGUUACAAGUGUAAGCCAUCACACCACCUGGCCUCCAAAUUUCUAACAAUGGCUGUCACAGAAGAAUAUAGUGCUAAAUUUAGUCCUUAUACUAUAAUUUUAAGAAUCUCUACCUUCACACAUUGUUAUAUCCAUAGGCUAUCAUCAUUUAAAUAAUGCUUCUUAUAUAGUCCUAAGAGAAAUUUUAAUGCUUUUACAAACAUCUGUCAUAACUCAUAGAAUUAAUGAAUUCCUACCCUUUAAAAGGAUAUCUUUGGGAAGCUCUAUACUUCCUGAUUCAAAUAUUACUUUGAAACUUCUUUUAGAAUUGCCUUCAAAGACAGUCUGCAAAUAAGAAAAGCUCACUCUGUUUGUGCUAGUCAGAGACCAAAUUUCCUGGCCUUAUGACCACUCUGCCCUUCCUUUCUUGUCUGCUGCUGGCUUAGCUCCCCCAGCCCACACAGGAUCCAUCAAUCUAACAGUGCCAGAAAGCGGGUGUGGCCAGUGCUGGCCACUGUUUCCAAGCAGGGACUUGCAUGAAAAACCCAUGCUGGGCCACGACCCCCCCGCCCCAGCCCACACGCCUCUGAGGAUUGCUGGCCUAUCUUUAAGUGCCAAAUUAUUUGACUAAACACACACCAGAGGUGGAGAAAACUUGUAGCAUAAAUGCAUAACAUAUUUUCCACCUGUGAAAGUACAGAAACCAAAUGAUGCUUUGUGUUACCCUUAAAUAGAAAGGUGAUUCUCGGGGCCCUGCUGCCCUUCCUUGCUGCCUUGUGACAUGUUUGGGAGGGAGAAAGGCAAAAAGCUUCUCUUGUCACACAGGACAUUUUCUCAUUAACAAAUAGAAUGCGGCUGUGGCUUUCGGGUGCUGAUGAAUGGUAGAUGGUCUUCUUAAGCAGUCAGAGGCCUAAGAAAAGGGAGAGCAUUUUUCUUCUGGCCUAGAUUCCCAUCAAAGUUUCACUUUCUGUUUGUGGUUUUUUUUUUUUGUUUUUUUUUUAUUAACACUGUGUUUCUAGCAGGUGAGUCUCACUAUACUCAUUCAUUUGACACUUUCAAGGGGAAAUUUCUAGAGCAUUAUAAUCAAUGGCCAAAAAAAAAAAAAUCCAGUGUCUACAUUGUCACCCUCAAAGAAAUUAUUGUGACAAUAAUACAUCUGUGCAAUGUUAAUGAAGCAAAUAAACUGAAAUUAAAAAGGUGUCUAAGACAAAUGAUUUGCCAGGACCACCAAGCUAGUUUGUACAAGAUCUAAGAUUACAACCCUGAAGUAGCUUAGGGAAACAAAACCUUAAAGUUGUUUCACUGUGUUUGUGUGAGGCCAGCCACACAGCAACGUGUGCUGAGCCUUGGGGUCGGUCUUUCAGCUCAGCUUCAACAGUGCAAAUCAGGCAAAAAAGAAUUCCUUUUUCCCUGAAAGAAAUGGCCUCCAGUUAGUCAACCUUCAAAGCAAUGCUAGCCUUGUUCCCUGUGUAGCUGAUGGUAAAUCCUGAGGCUCCUUCUCCACAGCAGAGAUCCUCAGCCUUCACUGACCAUGGGCCUACACCCUGCAAGAGGACCCUCACUAAGGGGUAUCUGAGAAGGAUAUUCAAUACUACUUUUUUUUUCAAAUAUUAGAGCUUUUCUUUUGAAAGAUGGUUUACAUCUGUUUAACCCUACUAAAAUGUCUUCCAUUUUAUUGUUAAACCUUUGGUGUUGUCAAAGGUCAGCACAAGAAAAGGCUCCUGAUGACAAAUUUGCAAACUCCAUUGCCUACUGAACUAACUCGUCUGUCAUUUAUUCUGUUGCUGAGGGGUGCUUGAAUAAGAAAACAUGCAAUAAAGUCACUUGUUCAACAAGUA